CUUCUCCUUCUUCUUCUUCUUUCUCCUGCAAAUAUUUCUCAUCUCACCAUAGCUCUACCUUUUUCUCCAUCAAAUCUCUCUCUCUCUCUCUCUUCCUCACUAGAGCUGUAAAAGCGCUAAAACAACCAUGCCUGAAGCACCAAAGAGUAUCCCUAAGGUCACUGACUACAACGAUGCCGCCGAGAGGAACCGGAAAACUCUUCAAUUCAUUGAAGAGGUGACCACAAACGCUGAUGAGGUCCAGAGGAAAGUAUUAUCCGAAAUCCUCUCCAGAAAUGCCCAUGUUGAGUAUUUGCAGCGCCAUGGCCUUUUUGGUCAUACCGACCGAGACACUUUCAAGAAAACCAUGCCUGUCAUCACCUACGAAGAUAUUCAACCUGAUAUCACCCGUAUCGCCAAUGGCGAUAAAUCCCCCAUUCUCUGCUCCCACCCCAUAACUGAGUUCUUAACAAGUUCUGGGACGUCAGGAGGGGAGAGGAAACUGAUGCCAACAAUUGCAGACGAAAUGGGGAGGAGAUCACUGCUGUACAGUCUUCAGAUGCCAAUUAUGAGCCAAUUUCUGCCCGGGUUGGAGAAAGGCAAAGGAAUGUAUUUCUUGUUCGUGAAAUCCGAGGCCAAGACCCCGGGCGGUCUCCUAGCCCGCCCUGUUUUAACCUCGUACUACAAGAGCUCUCAUUUCACCAACAGAACCCCUGAUCCUUACACCAACUACACCAGCCCCAACGAGACCAUUCUCUGCUCCGAUUCCUACCAGAGCAUGUACUCCCAAAUGCUCUGCGGCCUCUGCCUCCACAAGGAAGUGGUCCGGGUCGGCGCCGUCUUCGCCUCCGGCUUCAUCCGCGCAAUCCGCUUCCUGGAGAAGCACUGGGCGCCUCUGUGCCACGAUAUCCGGUCCGGGACUCUGAGCCCGGAGAUCACCGACCCGUCGGUGAGGGAGGCGGUGAUGAAGGUCCUCCUGAAACCGGACCCGGAUUUGGCGGAUUUCGUGCAGGGCGAGUGUAAGAAAGAGUGCUGGAAAGGGAUCAUAACGCGCCUAUGGCCCAACACCAAAUAUGUGGAUGUUAUUGUGACGGGGACUAUGUCGCAGUAUAUACCCACUCUCGAUUACUACAGCGAUGGCCUCCCUCUUGUCUGUGCAAUGUAUGCUUCUUCGGAGUGUUAUUUCGGCGUUAAUCUUAACCCCCUCUGCAAGCCCAGCGAGGUCUCGUAUACCCUCAUCCCCACCAUGGCCUAUUUCGAGUUCUUGCCCGUCCACCGCAACAAUGAGAAGGAACAGCAAGAGCUCGUUGAUUUAACCGAUGUCAAGCUCGGCCAAGAGUAUGAGCUCGUGGUCACUACUUAUACUGGGCUUUAUAGGUACCGGGUCGGGGACGUGCUGAGGGUGGCCGGGUUCAAGAACAAAUCCCCACAGUUCAACUUCGUGUGCCGGAAAAAUGUUGUCCUGAGCAUCGACUCCGACAAGACAGACGAGGUCGAGCUGCAAAACGCGGUGAAAAACGCCGUCACUCAUCUCAUCCCAUUCGACGCGCGUCUCACCGAGUACACCAGCUACGCCGACACGGCCACGAUCCCGGGCCAUUACGUGCUGUUCUGGGAGCUGAGCGUGAGCGCGUGCGGGUCCACCCCGGUACCCCCCUCAGUCUUCGAGGACUGCUGCCUAACCGUCGAGGAGUCCCUCAACAGCGUGUACCGGCAGGGCCGCGUCUCCGAUAAGUCGAUCGGAGCUCUGGAGAUCAAGAUUGUGGAGCCCGGCACCUUUGAUAAGCUGAUGGACUAUGCUAUCUCCCUAGGCGCGUCGAUCAACCAGUACAAGACCCCUCGGUGCGUCAAAUUUGCGCCCAUUGUUGAGCUCUUGAACUCCAGGGUUGUGCGGAGCUACUUCAGCCCAAAGUGCCCGAAAUGGGUCCCGGGCCAAAAGCAAUGGAGCAACAAAAUGGAUUGAUCGAAAAGGAGAAACCCAGUUGUGGGAUUAUGGAAUGAGAUUUUACUAGUAUCUUUCAUUGGGUAUCUAGAAGGGAAAAAAAAAAAAAAAAAAACAACCACUGUUUUUUGUGAUCUUUUUUUUAGUGGUAGAUCAUGUUAAUUAAGUUCAUCGUACCUAGCUUAACCCCAUCAUUAAAAUUAUUGUGGUUCUGUUGUGUAAUCCCUCCUACUUCGCCUGUCACAAUUUAGAUUCUUAACUGUUGUUGAUUAGAGAUGGAGACUAAAUUUAGCCAUGUACAAACUUUUAAGGAAGUCUCUCUUUCUCUUUUCUUAAAAACUACAAAAUAUAAUCCUUAGCUUUCAUGUU